ACUGUGCAGUGUACUGUAACCCCAGCACCCAACCUCGCCCCUGAUCUUCCCGCAUCCAACCUACACCACCAUGUACAGAGGUACCUGCACACAAACACACCACUCGUGAUGGCUUCAAUCCCCGUUGCCCUCGUAAUACCUUUGGUCCUUACAGGACUGGCGCUACUGGUCACAUACCUAGUCCUAGGCCCCUCCAAAUAUGACGGUCCCUCUUCAGGCAAAGGAGUGGUUGUCCACGUCCUCGUUCUUGGUGACAUUGGCCGAAGCCCACGCAUGACGUACCACGCCCUGAGCAUAGCCAAACACGGCGGCAAGGUCAACCUCAUUGGUUAUCUAGAAACUCCCCCUCACCCCUCCCUCCUCUCCUCUCCCUCCAUAACCAUCCACGCCCUCUCCCCUCCCCCAGUUCGUCCCGCCCGCAUCCCGUUCCUCCUUUUCGCCCCCUUCAAAGUCCUCCACCAAUUCUUUUGUCUCUUUGCCCUCCUCUCCUACACCCUUCCCCCCUCCCAAUGGCUGCUCGUCCAGAACCCGCCCUCGAUCCCCACCCUCUUCAUCGCCAGCCUCGUCUGCCAUCUCCGCUCCACCAAGCUCCUCAUCGACUGGCACAACUACGGCUGGACCAUUUUAUCUUCCACCCGCGGCCCCCGGCACCCUUUGGUCUACAUCGCCAAGCUGUACGAGUGCCUCUUCGGCCGGCUGGGCGACCACAACCUAACCGUCACGCACGCCAUGGCGCGCCAGCUGCGGCUGCCGCCGUAUAAGAUCCAGGGGCCGAUAACGGCUGUGCAUGACCGGCCUGCGGAGAUUUUCAAGCCCAUGUGGUGGGGGAAGGCGCGGCAGGACGUGUUGGAGCGCGUGCUCCCCGCUGAGCAGAGGGACCUGGUACCCAGCAUCAUGGAGGGCAACACGAAGCUGAUCGUCAGCAGCACAUCCUGGACGCGCGACGAGGACUUUGGCAUCUUGCUUGAUGCGCUGGUUGCGUACGCGGCUGAUCCCGUGUCGAAGACCACGCCCGUGUUGGCAGUUAUUACGGGCAAAGGUCCGCAGAAGGAAAUGUACUUGGCACAGAUUGCUGAGCUUACAAAGAGUGGUCAGCUGCCGAAUGUGAGCAUUGUCACGGCGUUCUUGCCCUUUGAGGACUACGCGAAGCUGUUGGCUUGCGCGGAUUUGGGCGUAUGUCUGCAUAUGAGCAGCUCGGGCGUGGAUCUGCCGAUGAAGGUAGUGGAUAUGUUUGGGGCGGGACUGCCGGUGGCGGCGUUUUGUGGGUAUGAGAGCUUUGGGGAGUUGGUGAAGGAGGGAGUGAAUGGAAGGGGGUUCGAGACUUAUGGAGAACUUUCGAUCAUAUUGAGAACCCUGUUGAGCCCGGAGGGGAGCGGAGAGUUGGAGGUGUUAAGGAAAGGGGCUGUGAAGGAGGGGGCAAGGAGGUGGGAUGAGGAGUGGGACGCGAAGGUUGCGAAAAUCAUGGGAUUUGCGGCGUGA